GUGCCUUUCUCCUCCCCUCCGCUCCCCCUCCCCCUCCCCGUCGUCUCUCUCAGUUUCGAUUCCUCUCGCCGUCGCCGACGGCCAGACGCACCGCGUCUCGUCCUCUCGCGAGUCGCGAAGCUCUCCACCUCCCCCUGGAUCCGCCGAGCGCGUCCUCCACCGCCGCUGCCGCCGCCGAACCCGAUCAUCUCCGCCUCCCGCGUGACAGGCGCGGCCUCCCCUCGGUUGGAAGGGUUUGCUGCAUCAUGCAUUUUCUGUGGAUAAUCUUCAUUUGCCCUUGAGUCUUCGAUUCUUUUGGUGUCUUCAAAAUGUCGGGCUUGCUGAAUUCAAACCUUAAUAGUUCAGCAUCAAAUCUUCCAGACUCAGCUGGAAGGCCAUUUACAGCAUCCUUUUCGGGUCAAUCUGGAUCAAUUCCAGGUUUCCAUCAUUCUGGCUUGCAUAACACUCAUGGAAGUUACAACCUUCCAAAUAUGCCUGGAUCACUUGCACAAAGGAAUGCUGCCAUGAGUGGCUUUCCGUCCUCUGGGGUUCAACAACCUGGAGGUAGCAUUCCUGGGAGAUUCCCUUCAAACAACCUUCCGGUUGCCAUGUCUCAGAUUCCUCAUGCACAUUCAGGUGUCAGUGGUAGAGGGAUGAAUUUUGGCGGAGGUCCGGCAUUUAGUAGCAGCAUGAAUAUUGGUGGUAACAUCCAAGGCUUAUCCGGUGGUAGUCGCAAUUCUGUUCCUGGGAUAUCAGUAUCUCCAUCUUUAGGAAACUCGGGUCCACGGAUCACAAGUUCUGUAGGAAAUAUUGUAAGUGGAAGCAGUAUUGGAAGAAAUAUAAGCACUGGUGGUUUGUCCGUGCCAAGUAUUGCAUCACGGAUGAAUCUGAGUGGUAAUGCUGGGAGUGGUAGUCUGAAUGUGCAAGGAUCCAGUCGAAUGAUGAAUGGCUUGCUUCAUCAACAAGCAUCUCCUCAGUUGAUAAAUAUGCUUGGGAGUUCAUAUCCAACAUCUGGAGGUUCAUUAUCACAGAACCAAAUUCAAGCAGGAAAUAAUUCUCUUAGUUCUAUGGGGAUGUUGCAUGAUCCCAGUGACACUGCUCCAUUUGACAUAAAUGAUUUUCCCCAAUUGUCUGGUCGGCCUAAUUCUGCUGGUGGUCCACAAGGACAAUAUGGGUCACUGCGCAAGCAAGGAGUUGGUGUUAACACCAUUGUGCAACAAAACCAGGAAUUCAGCAUUCAAAAUGAAGACUUCCCAGCUUUGCCUGGGUAUAAAGGUAACCCUUCAGAUUAUAAUACUAUGGAGUUGCAUCAUAAGGAACAACUCCACGAGAAUGUACCUGUAAUGCAAUCGCAGCAGUAUCCUAUGGCAAGGUCAGGCUUUAACUUAGGAAGUAGCUACCUACCUAAUCGUCAACAACACCAGCAAGGUGCUAAGUCAGUCCAGAAUGCUGGAUCCCACAAUAUUUUACUGAGACCACCCAGUCAAACUUCUAGUUUGGGAUCAUAUGAUCAAUUUCUGCCGCAAUACCAGCAGCCGCAGCCUCAAAAUCAUUUCAGGUUUCAGCAGAUGUCUUCUGCUGCACAUUCAUAUCGGGAUCAGAUUCAAAAGAUUCAGGCGGGACCGACACCACCUGAUCCAUAUGGCUUGUUAGGAUUGCUGGGAGUUAUAAGAAUGAAUGAUGCUGAUUUAGCAUCUCUUGCUUUAGGAAUAGAUCUGACAACAUUGGGUUUGAACUUGAACUCACCAGAUAAUCUAUACAAGACAUUUGGCUCUCCCUGGUCGAAUGACCCAGCAAAAGGAGAUACUGAUUUUCAUAUUCCAGCUUGUUACUUCUCUGAGCAAACUCCACCGCUACAGCCCUUACUUUUUCAGAAGUUUCACAUACUAAUACUAUUUUACAUCUUCUAUAGCAUGCCAAAGGAUGAAGCUCAGCUGUAUGCUGCCAAUGAACUGUAUAAUCGGGGAUGGUUUUACCAUAAAGAAGUGCGCUUAUGGUUCACAAGAACUGCAAAUGUGGAACCUCUAGUCAAAACACACCUCUAUGAACGUGGAUCUUACCUUUGCUUUGACCCAGAGAUCUGGGAUUCAGUCCGUAAGGACAACUUUGUUCUCCACUAUGAGCUGGUAGAGAAAAGGCCAGCCCUGCCUUCAAUAGCACAAAACGUUAGAUGAAAAGAAAAUCUGGGUACCUCCUUAGUCCUGACCCAUAUUUUUCCCUGUUGGAUGGGACUAAGAAGCUCGCCAUCAUUGCCUAACUUUUAAGGACUAGGAGAGAAACUCAGAAAUAUCUAACGAUCUGCAGGGAGGAGGAAGCUGCACAACAGAAGUGUGGAAUGUCCAGUUGACACCCCUUGUAAUUAUACUAAAACAGUGGGAGCGAAUUUGCGUUUUUCCUUCGAUCGUGGGGAGUGUGCACUCCCCCUUAAAAACUGCCUAAUGUUCAGGAUUAGUUUCUCUGCACAGUUAUCUCACCAGCUUCAAAUGAAAAGAGGCAUAGCUGGUUUUAAUGUCUUA